GGAGGCCGCGCGGCGGCCGCCGCCUGGGCCGAGGCAGCCGCUCCCGGGAGCGCCGAGCUGCGGCGCCUAGGUUGUGCCAGUGCCGGAUCCGCUGCCCGGACCGGGCCCAGCUCCCGCCCGGCAGCCCCGCGGUCGGUCCCGGGCCGGUGGCCCCCGCCAGCCGCCGCCGGCCCCGCCCCCGGGCACCAUGCUGCCCUCGCAGGAGGCCUCCAAGCUCUAUCACGAGCACUACAUGCGGAAUUCGCGGGCCAUCGGCGUGCUAUGGGCCAUCUUCACCAUCUGCUUCGCCAUCAUCAACGUGGUGGUCUUCAUCCAGCCCUACUGGGUGGGCGACAGCGUGAGCACCCCCAAGCCUGGCUACUUCGGCCUCUUCCACUACUGUGUGGGCAGCGGGCUGGCGGGUCGCGAGCUCACCUGCCGAGGCUCGUUCACCGACUUCAGCACCAUCCCGUCCGGCGCCUUCAAGGCAGCCGCCUUCUUCGUGCUGCUCUCCAUGGUGCUGAUCCUCGGCUGCAUUACCUGCUUUGCGCUUUUCUUCUUCUGCAACACGGCCACGGUCUACAAGAUCUGCGCCUGGAUGCAGCUCUUGGCAGCUCUGUGCCUCGUGCUGGGCUGCAUGAUCUUCCCGGACGGCUGGGACGCCGAGACGAUCCGGGACAUGUGCGGGGCCAAGACCGGGAAGUACUCCCUGGGGGACUGUUCGGUGCGCUGGGCGUACAUUCUGGCCAUCAUCGGCAUCCUCAACGCCCUCAUCCUCUCCUUCCUCGCCUUCGUGCUGGGCAACCGGCAAACAGAUCUGCUGCAGGAAGAGCUCAAGCAGGACAACAAAGAUUUUGUGAGUUCUACAGUAAGCUCCGUGUUGCGGCCAGCGGGUGAUGUCUCCAGCUGGGGAGUCCUUCCCUGCCCCGUCGCUCACUCACAGGGACCCUGAAGGCCAGGAUCACAGCCCAGGAAUUGACCUGCCCUCUGCGUGUCCUAUCUCUUGGCCUCUCACUCUCCAUUCAAGCUAGGAGGAAGGAUCCCAGUCUCAGACUGACUUCUCACCUGCUACCCACUUGCCAGCUCCAGACUUUGAAGAGUUGUUGGGGCUGGGUGUGGCCCGGAAGAGGGGAGAGGCCCUGCAGACCCUACCAGGGCCUAAAUGUGCCCCUCCCUCAACUGACCUAAGGGAGCUGGACAUCCCUUGGGGUCUCCUCCCCUCUCCCCACCUGGCUCGGGGGCUCUGUAGUCUUCAGGGGAAGGAGACACUGUGAUUCCAGUGCCCCAGGCUCUCUCAGUCUGAGAACUGCUGCCUGGCUGUAUCCUUGUCUCCUCCGGUCCCUCCUCCUGCAGAAACUUACUCAAGAUACUGCCCCAGGGCUACCAAACUCUUUCCUCCCCUUUCCUUUCCUUUCCUUUCCUUUCCUUUCCUUUCCUUUCCUUUCCUUUCCUUUCCUUUCCUUUCCUUUCCUUUCCUUUCCUUUCCUUUUCCUUCCUCCCCUUUCCUUUUCCUUCCUUUCCUUCUUCCUCCCUCCCUCCCUCCCUCCCUUCCUUCCUUCCUUUGCCUAUAAUGGUUCCAUCACAUCUUCGCAGAGCUCCAGGCCUCACCAGGGCUGCUCUGCCCUGCUCCAGGGUGCUCCCAGCUCUCCCAAAGGAGCCUGAGCUGCACCGAGGGAGAAAGCACAGGGUUUCCCUAUCAACUGGCACCCUGUUCAGCCCAGAGUCUGAGAAAAGACAGACAGGCUCUGAGGCAACUGCUGGAGACACUUGGACUCCGGGCAGCUGGGGCUUGCCUGGCCUCUCUGCUGGGCUGUCUCACCACUGAUUGAACUCUUGACCCCAACCUGUUUUGUACAGCACAGACUCCUUGGCCCUGUUGUUAGGGUUGGAGGUUGGAGAGGGGGCCUAACCAUGGGGCAUUAGGGGAGAUAUCACCCUUCUGCCCCUUCUCAUGCCACCUGACCCUGGCAUUUGCUAAGGGCAGAGACUAUCUUGCCUCUUUGAUACUUUUCUGCAUAACUUGAACUUGCAGGUCACCUCUGAACAGGGUACCCCCUGUCCCCAUCCCCCGCCUUGUAACCCUGUCCCCACCUCUUCCUCCUCCUUGCCCACUUCUCGCCUUGGGAUAUGGCCAGGGUUCGCAGCCCAAUGGGCAAUGCUUGGAGCUGAGGCAUGAGUGUGUGUGCGUGUGUGUGAGUGUGUGUGCCUGUGUAAGUGUGUGGGAAGUCAUCGCUCUCCCCUCCUCCCACUGUGGGGAGCAUCUCCUUCCCGCUUGGCAGGGAGCAAAUAAGGGAGACUUCCGGGGGUUCCUGGACUCCCCUCGCUGCUGCCGCUGCCGCACGGACCUGGCGGUAGAGCCACCUGGCCGGGGGUGCGGACAGCCCCUUUCAGGCCCUAGUUCAGGAGGCAGGCGGCCUCCUCCAGUGUGCCUGCUUCUGUCUGCGGGUUCUGGCUGCCAGGCCCACUGGAGAGGAGCGUGAGGCCCCACCAUUCUGUUAUGUUGGCCUCAGCCAAAGAAGGGGAGAAAAUCAGUGAGUGCCAUGUAUUUGCCAACCUUGUGUUCGUUUCCAUUGGACUUGAACCUGAGAGGGAGGGCUUCCAAGACAGACUGUAGAGAUCCCAUGCCCUAGGCCCCCAUCUGGCCCCUAACUGGGAUAAGAUGUUAGGUCCUGGUAGGAUUCUGGAAACCUGGAGCUUUCCAAGUCCUGACCCCACCCCCUCCCUUCUCAUUCCCUCCUUCUGGGCAAACGCCCUCCCCCAUGCUCUACCCAGUACUGGGCCCCCCUCUCCUGCUCCUACCGAGCCCUGCACUGCAGUCCCCCUGCUGGCACCUUCCCCAGCAGGUGGGGCUAAACACAAGGAUCCCAGGUGAAAAAGGUGGGGUCAUGGAGCCUUGUGGGAGGGAGGGAGUCAGGGCAGGUCUGAACCAAAGCCCAGUGUUUGGAGGCUGCGAGGGAGGGGUUGAAGCCAGUGCUGGGGACUGGGGAGAAAGUAGAGGAGGGAGAAAGAGGAGAAGGGCCAGGAGAGGGAAAUGGAGAGGCAAAGACAGAGCAAGGAGGCGGGAGAUCCAGAGAGACAGGGAAAUGGACAAAGGAGAGAGGAAGAGUGAACAGAGGGGGGACCCAGAGGGACGGGUAAUCAGAGGUGGGGGGAGAGGGGACUGGAAAGAUGGAAGAAGGAUUAGGGCGAGGGAAGGCGGCAGGUGAAGAGAGGGUUGUGGGGAGACAUGGAGGGGGAAGGAGAGGAUGAGGAGGAGGAUGAAGGCAACAGGUCUGAGGAAUGGGGGAGCAGCUGCUGUGGGCACUGUGUGAGGGGACCACCCAAGGGGUUGCCAGACUCCUGUGUCUCAUGGAGAGGUUAGAACCUACCUCCUCAGAGGUCAAGGACAGGGGCCCAGGUAGCCAACACCUUCACAUCCGGGGAAUAGCCCAUAUAAUUGAGCGGGCCUCCGAGGUACUCCUGCCCUGACUGUGGCUGCAUCAGAGGGGCGGGCACUCCCCAGCUUUCUCUGCUCUGGUCUGAGGACUCUUGCCGGGUAGACCAAAAUGGCUGCGUCUUAGACGGGGGUUUAGAGAACUGGUUGGUCCAGUCCUUCUGGGGCCCUGGGAUGUGAAAACUUUCCUCUUUGGGGACCAGUAUCCAUGUAGGAAAACACUUUUCCUGAGGGUGUGAGAACCAUGAAUAGAAUCAAGAUCCUUUUCAUGCCUGAAAAAUCCAAGAUGUUGGAAAUUUAUAGACAGGCUGUGGAGGGAAAUUCCUUGCCUUCUUUUGAGAUUCCUGCUUGGACCCAGGGGAAUCCCCCUUCUCCAGGUUCCAGUGUGAACUGAGAAAGGGAGACCCUCUCUUUGGAGCAGCUGGGGUGUUCCCGGCACAAGAAACUUCCGCAGGCCCCUGCCUGGCUCGGGGCUAGCCUUCGGGUGGGAUUGCAGUGUCCUGAGAAGGGGACGAGGGAGCCAUAGCCCUUCCCAGAGCUCUGACCAGUGGACCUCAGAGGGCCUGUGCUGUGUGACGUUAGGGUAGCUUGGUGUCGUCUACACCUCAUUAGUAAGUUCUGUCUGAAUGUGUCCUCACUGUUCAUUGUCCAAUUUGGUAACACUUAUUUCAGUCCAGACCCCUUCUGCUGCUGCUGGAUUUGAGCUUCAGUACAGGUGGAAUGAUGUUCAAAUAAACAAACACUUUAUAUCACC